UCGAGCGAGUCUAUAAAGGACAGGGGCAGGAGACUGGCAUUAGACAGUCAGAGUACAGGCAGUGACCUGGGUGAGACUGAACUCACAAACAAGCAAACAACUAGCACAGCAACGCAGCUGCUGCCAAACCGGGACCAGGGGCAGGCAAAACGAUGGCUGGUGGGGUGAGGUGUACCCGUAAGCUGAAACAGUGGAUGAUCGAACAAGUGGAUAGUGAGAAGUACCCAGGCUUGGUCUGGGAGGACCGCAAACUCGGAAUGUUCCGGAUCCCCUGGAAGCACGCGGGCAAACAGGACUACAGGCAUGAUGAGGAUGCUGCUAUUUUCAAGGCUUGGGCAAAGUUCAAGGGGAAAUACAAAGAUGGAGACAAGGUGGACCCAGCCACUUGGAAAACACGGCUGAGGUGCGCUCUUAACAAGAGCACCGAGUUUGAGGAAGUGCCCCAGCGCUCACAGCUUGACAUCUCAGAACCAUUCAAAGUCUACAAGAUUGUCGAUGAUACAGCUGUGAAGAAGAGGCCGUCACCCACCAUUGACCUGAAUACGGUGAAGAUGGAGGUGAAUGGGAGCAUUGGAAUGGAGAGCUCACAGCCCAGUUCCCCCAGCAGAGAGCAGGGGAGCUCUGUGCAGGCAAUGGGUGACGAUCCACCUCCUGACUCCCAGCAGAUGGACAGUGACAGCAGCUGUGAUCCUAGCUCAGGCUCCGAGAUGUCCACAAAUGAAGAAGGUUCUGCCGAAGUCACCUCACUGGAGUUGAAUGUGAUACCAAGCACUGAAGCUCUGAACGAGUACACAAUUAGCAUCACCAGUUCGGUGCCAGCAAUCGUCCCAGAGAAAGGCCCAAAUUCCAUGUUCAUCGCGUUCUGCUACAGCGGCGUGGAGGUCAGCACCGAAGUGACACGGCACGGCUGCAAGAUCUCAUUCGCCCCCCCUGACCGCAGCGACAACUCCUUUGGCUCGCAGGCCUUGGAGAAGCUACGCUUCCCAUCGACAGCUGCCAUCACCAGUCUGGAGAAGCGGAGGGCAACAGAGGAGCUGCUGGCCUUCCUGGAGCGGGGAGUUAUGUUGGACAGCAACGCCAAUGGGAUCUUCAUCCAGCGCCUGUGCCAGGGCCGGGUGUUCUGGACGGGGCCGUGUGGGCCUCAGCCCAACCAGACAAACAAGUUAGAGAGGGAAAAGGUGGAGAAGCUGUUUGACCGCAAGAAAUUUGAGCAGGAUAUGGAACUCUACCAGACAUCAGGAGGUGGUGUUAUGCCCCAAUACAGGGUCACACUGUGCUUUGGUGAAGAACUCUCAGAGGCAGAUUCUCUAGCAGAGAAACUCAUCACUGUUCAGCUUUACCAGGUUGCCGCCAAGCAGCUGGUGGACCGGGAGCUGGAGCUCCAGACCGCCUCGUCGUUCAUCAUGAGCCAGCUGGGGCCCGAGCACUUCAGCGAGCGUCUGGCACACGCCCUCCAGGAGGCCUCCAACAGCCUGUACGGGAUCUCGUAAAGGGAAAGACUGGACGGGGAGGCCGUUGGGAUAGAAAUAAAGGGGGCUGGUUGGGGGGUGGGGAAGGAAAUGACAAAGAACAACCCAACGACCAUCCAUCUGUCUAUCGCUUCCAUCUCUUGGUGUCCCGGAUGAAGAGGGGGCGGAGUUUGUACGGUAACCAUUAGAGACGCGUCCGUGGGGGAGGGAGUACGGCCUGUACCGCGUGCGAAACACAUUUGAAGACUCCCGAGAUGGGCGCCCCCUCCAUGCCUUGGUGUCCCGGAUGAAGGAUGGGAUGGAGAGGGAAUGGUUUGUGACGGAAGCGGUGGGGCGGGAGAGUAUAAAUCGACCGUUGGUGACGUGUCCCUCACGGGCGGGGCCCGGGCCAAGACCGUUACUGUUCGAAAAUUCCAAGAUGGCUGCCGCCGGUGUGGUGCGGCUCUCCCACUCUCCUCCCGAAAGAAACCUUCCUUGUCCCGCUCUGAAACUCCUCCACCUACCGAAAGGGGAGGGGUAGGAAAAACAUGCUUUCACCUUCCUCACUUCUCCUCCUUCCCUUCUCCCUCCCCCUCACCCCCCAUCCUCCCCCUCA